GAAACACACAAAAUAAAAUAAAAAAAAGUCAAAUACUACACACGAAUACAACAUGAAACGAGAAUAAAAUAAGCAAAACGGAAAAUCGCAUCGCAUCGGCACAGACCGCACUUCAUACACAUUUUCUAUUUGAAGGCAUCGCGACGGACGUCGUGAACAUUUUUGAUUUAAUUCUCAAAUAGGAGAUUCAUCGUGUGUUCACAUUAUUUCUUCAAUUUUGAUAAUCAAAGACGGAUUUUCAUUUCAAUAAAUUGUGUUUGGUGUAAUUUAAAACAACUAAAGUGCUGGACCAUAGUAGAAUGAUGUAAAUUGAUCGGAAAAUGUGUGCACGAAAAGGGAAAAAGUAAAUCGUUUUUGUUGUGAUUAUUACGUGAAUUUUAGGACUUUUGUUUUGUGCGACUCUGUGCCAAAAUUGAAGACGUGGGAUGAGUUUGAUUUAAAAAUCGUUUGAAAGUAGUGAGUACAGUCUUUCAACACGCUCAAAAAAAUAUAAAGAUUUUAGGGUGCUAAGAUGCUGAUUUUGUGUAUCUAUCAUGGAAUAAAUGUAACUUAUUUUUGGCAAUAAUUUAUUAUACAACCAACCAUGCAUACGUAACAUUUCAUCGUUCGUAAUAUUCGUUUCAUUGUAAGAAACUUGGCGUAAAUUAAAGACCAAACAAUUAAGCUGUUCGAAGACUAAAUUCAUGUAUGGUCCGUGCAAACAUUAAAAAUAUUUGCAAGACCAUUUAAAAUGGAACUAUUGAUUGACAGAGAAAAAACUACGUCAAUCCAACUGCACCAAGUUCCGAAGUUUCAUUUUUAUGUUAGUCAACUUAUCAGUUGAUUUUUUUCCGCAUCACAACUGACUUAAUAGGAUGAUUACAAACAACGUGAAAAUCAUAACAUGUAAACUUACAUCCAACCACGACUGUGAAACCAAAUGCGAUGCCAAGAUGUGCCACACCGAAAAUUAACUUUUAUUUGUACAUAAUAAUUCAACGUAAGCUUAUUGGAACGGAGAUCGUACUACCUUAAUUUUGUUUUUAAAGAAAGAAGAAAGAUAAGCUAAGUAGCGAGGUCGACACUUUUUUCCAUUACACAUACAACACAGCAGUCAAUAAAACGACGAAAAGCAGAAGUUAUAUUCAGCUGUGGUCCGGAUCACACAGCCAUUAUCUUGACGUCCAGAAAGGCAUGUUUAUUCCCGGAUCAGGACAAAGCUGCAUGAUUGAGACGGACGUAUCUUCAUACCUACAGACACCAUCGUCAGGACAGGUGCUUGUGCUCUUCUGCUACCAACCAGCCGAAAUCCAUAUCAUAUGAUGAAUUUCAUCCAUUCAUCGAAGCACUGCUACCAUUUGUCAAAUCGUUCUCGUACACAUGGUUCAACCUACAGGCGGCUAAACGGAAAUACUACAAAAAGCACGAAAAGCGAAUGUCGUUGGAGGAGGAACGGCAUUGCAAAGAUGAAUUACAGAACGAAAAGGCGGAAGUAAAACAAAAAUGGGCUUCGAGACUGUUGGGAAAACUACGGAAAGACAUCACACAAGAAUGUCGUGAAGAUUUUGUGCAGAGCAUAACUGGAAAACGGCAAUCCAUAUGUGUCUUAUCAAAUCCAGAUCAAAAGGGUAAAAUGAGACGAAUCGACUGUUUACGGCAAGCAGACAAGGUUUGGCGACUAGACUUGGUUAUGGUUAUUCUAUUUAAAGCAAUACCUUUGGAGAGUACAGAUGGUGAACGGUUAGAAAAAAAUCCGGAUUGUUCACAGCCUGGGCUCUGCGUUAAUCCGUAUCACAUAAAUGUUUCCGUUCGAGAACUCGAUCUGUAUCUUGCAAACUUUAUAAACACGCACGAUGGUGAUUCUAUGACACUAUUCUCAGAUACCUUAAGCCCGCCGUUGUACAAUAACAGAAAAGACGAUGAACGAAAGAACAAAGGAUACACUCACAAUCCUUACAAUGGAGUCGUGUGUAAUGAUAUAAUCCUCGCUACCGGAUGCUUUUCCUCAAAAGAACUGUGGAAAUUAUCAAAAGCUUCAAUUCUAGACGAAUCUGGUGAUAUGCAGAGUAAUUCGGGUACAAUAAAAAUGGAAAAUGCCGGUUCGGCCUAUUAUUGCAAUAGUUAUCCGUUGACGUCUGCUUCAUCUGGAAUUAUUACUGACCGUCCUACAGUCGGCUCUAUGGUGGUAUCGAGUAAUUACAUUGAUCUCGUAGAUCCUCGGACAAUGCAUCUAUCUAGCUCUCCACUGCUUCGUGGGCAAAUUAAAUCAGAUUCAUGUCCAUCACCCCCAGACUCAGGCAGUGGGUUUUCGGUAAUUUUGCGGCCUGGAGAACUGAAUAAUCCGGGUCAAGACACUUUGUCCUUGCAAAGAUACUCAUCCCAUCCAGCAACGAGAUUAGUUUCGCGAUCUGAUGAUGUGCUUAUGCAACAGCACUCUAGCUUGUCAUCGCAAACUGUGAGUCCGAAUACUGUGCUAUAUCAGCAGAGUCCCACUGGCGACUAUUCACAGACAUCACAAGCCACAGAGCAACAAUCACAGCAACAGCAACAACAGCAGCAGCAACAACAACAUCACACCCAUUCCCAUCAUCAUAAUCCUAAAUACACCGAUACUGUAAAUGGUCACGAUACGCUCUCCGAUUUCGUAACAUUCGUAUGCCAAGAAGCUGACAACGGUCCACAGAACUCACAAAACUUGUAUGCAUUACAGGUGCAGCCUGGCCUGUCACGAAGUCCAAAAUCUCAAUAUCCACAAUAUAGUACAAUGCUUCCACCACCUCCGUUACCUCCAAUGGCUCGACCAGUGGCUAUCAUUCGCUCAACUACCGAUUUAACAACAAUGGUAAACUCGCCUGCGUCAUCCAUAACACCACCAUCCGGUUCAGCAAUGUCUUCCCCGCACCAAGAACAUGCUAGCGAUCCGAAUAGUAUGAGUCAACCUGGAAGUGAAAUGAAUACAUCACCACCGAUGAGUCCGCAAGCCCAGAUGGUUGUUAAUCGAAAAUCGUUGACAAGGAUUUCGAGCCCGUAUUCGACGGGCCGGGAGUAUACAUUUAAUCAUUUCCAUACGCAACCUGCUCAGUUAUUUAGUUACUCUAGCUCAACCAUGUCCGGUGUCAUAAGUCCAACAAAUUUAAGUUUAUACUCAUCUCCUGUUACCACAUCUCGUACAACGCCGCGGUCGAGGUGGAACCCACCAUUUAUACUCGAGGACGAUUUUAACAACAUGAUUACACAUCCUGUGUCCAACAAUUACCCAGACACAAGUUCCGUAAUUCUAAUGGAAGAAGAUAGAUAUUUCCACCAAAACAGCGCACCACAGGACACCACAAUGGACAUUUCCCAUGGAAUUGUAUCACGUGACCACGUAUCCGUAAUAAAUCCGGAAAGUGGAACAUUAGCCAAUAAGUCAUCGGAUAAUUUAAUCAUUUCAUGUAAAUCGGAGGUUCUGUAAUCUUUGUGUUGGACAAAUUCAUAGAGAAAAAGGUUGUGUGAUUUUCUUUCGUUCGUUUUCCUCUCCCGCCCAUUUUACUAAACUUAUUAUAUUGUAAAGCGACGAUAACAGCAGAUCCAUGGAAAAUGGAAACCGAUUGUAAAUUUCGUGUAAAUUAUAUAAAUUAAUUCGAACGGAGUACACUCUAAUUUAGAUGAAAUUCGAUGUGAUCGAAUUACA